GGGGGAGGUUAGAGGAAGCGGAAGUGUCAGCGCAAGCGGAAGUGGUACUGCCCUGAAUACCCCGAGCAGCGAAACGGAGGACGGCUUGAUACCCCCAUCGUUAAGAGACACAAAUCAGGACUCGAUAUAUAUUUAAAUUCACAUCAUGGACAAGAGCGAUCUAGUGCAGAAGGCUAAGCUCUCUGAGCAGGCGGAGCGUUACGAUGACAUGGCUGCUUCCAUGAAGGCCGUCACAGAGGGAGGUGGUGAGCUAUCCAAUGAAGAGCGCAACCUGCUCUCCGUGGCCUACAAGAACGUUGUAGGUGCCCGCCGGUCAUCCUGGCGGGUGAUCUCCAGCAUCGAGCAGAAAACGGAGGGCAAUGAGAAGAAACAGCAGAUGGCGCGCGAAUACCGUGUGAAGAUUGAGGCCGAGCUUCAGGACAUCUGCAAUGAUGUUUUGAAUCUCCUGGACAAAUUCCUCAUUGCUAAUGCUAGCCAGGCAGAAAGCAAAGUCUUCUACCUGAAAAUGAAAGGAGACUACUACAGAUACCUGUCCGAGGUUGCAUCUGGUGACUCAAAGAAAACCACAGUGGACAACUCUCAGCAGGCAUACAAGGAAGCGUUUGAGAUCAGCAAGCAAGAAAUGCAGCCAACACACCCCAUCAGGCUGGGUCUAGCUCUCAACUUCUCUGUCUUCUACUAUGAAAUUCUCAACACCCCAGAGCAGGCCUGCAGUUUGGCAAAGACGGCUUUCGAUGAAGCAAUUGCUGAGCUGGACACCUUGAACGAGGACUCUUACAAAGACAGCACUCUGAUCAUGCAGUUACUAAGGGACAACCUCACUCUGUGGACGUCAGAAAAUCAGGGUGACGAGGGGGAUGCCGGCGAGGGAGAGAACUAAAGGCGUUGCACUUCACUGUUAAAUCCACCUACACUCUCUUUAUCUUUCACAUUUACAGCCCAUAAUUCCCUGUUCCAUCCACCUCACCUAUAUCCACCUUUCUGUAUGACGAGCAGCAUCAAUUGUACCUGACCUACAAGUUUGUACUCCUCAAAGAGGCCAUGAUCGACAGGGUAAUGUUUGUUUAGUCAAAGGCUGAAUUGUCUCAAACAUGUUUGUUUGUGUAUUUUUGGGGAAGCCCCCCAAAAAGAGUUAAAUGGUGGUUUAAAAAAAAUCCAUCUACCCCUUCUAAAUCCUCCUAACAUUUUUAAAAGGUAUGUCUUCUGCCUCUCUAUAGUUCCCAUCCCUUCUCUAUUCUCUCCAAUAGUGUACUGGCGAUUGCUGGUUUUAUUCAAAAGGUUAUUAAACUGUCAAUUAAUUUAACAAACACUGUGACGUUUAGUUUUUCCUCCUGGAUAACCUGUGGUUAAUGGAUAUGAACUCGAACUCAUUACGAAUAGCAGUACAAUUCUGUUGCAAUCUCAUACAGAAUGGAUGAUACAGGCUGUAUUGUGACACUGACUAACAUGCGUUAAUAUUAUUGCUGUCAUGUGCGUUUUUAUUUGGCAUCCACGGCUAACAAUGAAAUAAAAGGGACUCUAGGUUUGCCAUUCCACAUCUUUAAAGUAAAAGUAAAACAUUCCAUCAGUACGUAACAUUUUACGAUUCUAGACCUUUCGUGAACAAACUGGAGAGUUAUCCUAAUGUGCUGUCUCAGGGGCAGUCAACAUAAAGGUGCUGUUUGACAUCAGUAAACGAUUUUCCUCGUUUGUUCCCUAAAUGUUUUUGCGCAAGAAUAACUCGCACCUCCAUUUAUUAAAGAUGUAAAAUUGUAAACCGUUUUAGAGGUGAAAUACAAAUCUGUCUUGAAACUAAAUGUAGUAAACCUGCUUGCAAAGACACACUUUACUAUUAUUCAACCCUUAUAUGAACGACCCUACAGGACGUCUCGGAAGUCGAUACUUGUCCUAUAAUUCGACUCAUUCCUAUGUGAAUUACACCUUCACUAGUUCUUACCUGCUAAAGAGACGACUUUCAAAAAAGUUUCUGCAAAAGCUGAACCAUGGAUUAAUUCUGGAAAGAACUUGAAUUUUUGUGCAAGAAAGUGGAGGUUUUGAAGUCUGCGAAACACGAGCUGAGACUGAAUAUGGCAGAACAGUAAUUUUGUACGGUGAAGAUGGUAGUUGCUUUCGAAGGGCAACAAAUAUUUACAGGGGCAGCUCCUCACUCAGUGUCACAAUACCAUGUCACCAUAACAUUCCACUUAAGUGUAGAACUCAUCUGUCUCAAGCUGAAGACAAUGUUCAUGCACUGAUGGCAAAUCUCUCUACUACAAAUGGCAGUAAUUCUACGCUUGAUUACAAAAAAUACUGUAGUGAAUGUGGAGCCGAGCCUGUCUGUAUAUCUGGUAUCUCCAAUUGCUUUGUUUUUACUGACCAGUAUUCUGCCUAAAGUUAGCUUCUGUGACGGUUUCAUUGCUUAGCGCGCACGUGGUUGUGAAAAUUUAGACUAGCUUAAGGAAAAAAAAUGACAAAAUAUACAACCUGGUUAUUGACGUAAUUCUAGAUUUGUGUAUGUCUUUUAAAACGGUUCUAGUUUCACCUUACAUGUUAUAAUCAGGAAAUUGUAAAAGACAAUUUAAAGUGAAAUAAAAGUUUUAUCAGUUCCAAA